AGUGGGCACAAACUGGAACACAGGAUGGUCACUCUGAGCAUCAGGAAACACUGUCACUGUGUGGGUGACCAAGAGCUGGCAGUGGGUCCAGGGAGCUUGUGGAGUUUGCAUCCUUGAUGAUGCUCAGAACUCAUCUGGGCACCUGGGUCUGGGUGGCCCUGCUUGAGCUGGGGGCUUCAAACAUAAACUCCGGUGGUCCCUCCCUGGCUCAGCCAUUCUGUGAUUUUGUGAAAUUGUGUCACUGUCAUCCAAGUAGAAAUAAUGUGUUUGCAAGCAGCAUUCAUUGUAGAUCCUGAGAGGUGCUGAGAUUUACCUGUUUAGCUUUGUGGCAACUCCUCUGAAACCCCCGAUUAAUUGCCUUUCAAGUGACAUUGUUAAAAAAAUAGGGCAGAUUUGUUCUCUCCUUAAACUAUAUAUACAUGGAAAAUAAACAUAAUUUAACCCAAAAUAAAAGUCGGUAAUAUUACUGCAGGUAACUUUACUAAUAUUAGAAUUUCAAAUACUAUCUGAUUGUUUUAUUCUUACAUAGAAUCUCAUAUGGUACCUGUUACAAGGUCAUCGUAGCAAUACAAAGCCACAGCCAGAAAUUGUAUCACUGAUGCUGAUAAUUCCUAUACUUAGGCCUUCAAGCCAAUUUACUUGAUUUAUCUGAAAAUCUUUACUUAUUUGAGAUAACCAUUUACUUAUCUGAGAUAUAAAACCACUACAUUUUUACACUAUUUUUUGAUUUUCAUGCUCUUUAAAGCAUGAAAUACAGACAACAGAAGGGAUGUUUCAGGUUAAAGGAAAGAAGCUUCUAUGUGUGCAGGUAUGGAUGGGAAAGCCAUGAAUAUGGAAAUCUACAGCUUUUGAAGUGAAAAAGACCUCUAUCCAUGGCCAGUACUAAGGAAUCAAUAGAUUCAUGAAGAACGACUCCAUCAAUUAAAAAGACAACUUACAUUUAUCUUUUCCAGAAUAGAUGUGUAUUUUAGAAGUUAAUUUAAUAUUUAAAUCAAGAGCAUGGAAAAAUGCAAGUCUCUUUGCCAUAAUAAAAAUGGAUAACCCAACUUUCCUUUGUACGAAGCAAUAUGAGAAGGUGCUAUUGUCAGGAACAAGACUCCAUUGUAGGAAAGCAUUUAGAUUCCUUUACAUUAAGUGAGGAGAGAAUGACAACAGUGGCAGUUUCACACAUGAUGAAAUUUACUAAGCAGAAUUUAUUUUUUUUAGUUGGUGGAAUGAUGAUAUAUGUAGUUGAUAUUGGAGUGGACUUCUGGGUAGCUAGUAGAUAUUUCUGUCAAGGACAAUAUUCCUGGAGUAUAUUGAUACUGUGUUUUAGAGGUUUUUCAUCAAUAAUAACUCAGAUAUUUAGUUAUGCAUGGUUUAAAAACGACUGGGAAGGUACUGAUACUGGGAAGCUGAAACUGGUUUUUCUAGUUCAUCUCUUUCAUUGUGGAAUUUUUAUAAGGUAUUGGUUUGCUUUGAAAUAUGGCUGCCAAGCUGCAUUUAAACAAUCAAGUAUCAGAGGUGCAACAGAAGCAGACCCUUCCAACUUCAUUCAAAAACAAGCUAUUGAUGCAGUGACUGAUAUUAACAUGCUCAGGGUGUUCAAGACUUUUCUCGAGACCACACCACAACUUUUCCUUCAGAUUUACAUCCUCAUGGAACAUGGCAAAACUCAUUUCUAUCAAUAUGCUGCCAUUAUGAUGUCUUUUUGUGGUAUCUCCUUUUCAAUGGUUGAUUAUCAGAUAUCACUACGAAAAUCUCUGCCUGAAAAAGAUGAAUUUCAUGUGCUUUCCAAGUUCAUGUAUCUCUUCUAUAAAUUGCUUACCAUCACUUCUUGGAUACUCAGUAUUUCAUUGAUUACUUUACUCAGUGUCAGAAUUUCUGUAAUUGUGCUGAUAUUUCUUUGGAUCUGUGGCUUCACUUGGACUUUGAAACAGCAUACAACAUUUUGCACGUCUAAAAAUAUGGAAUAUCUGUACAGAACUGUAGUUGGAAUCAUUCUAAUUUUUUCAUUUUUUAACGUAAAGGGGAGAAGAACAAAAGUUUGCAUUUCUAUUUAUUAUGCUACUCACACUGUGGUGACACUAGGUAUUUUGUUUGUAUAUAUGUUCUGGAAACCUUUCAUUAUCAAAGAAAUACGUUUUACAAUUGUAAGCAUCUUAACUAUUUUGAGUCUGGUGUUAGGUAUUAUUUUUCUUGCUGUUUAUUACAACCAUUUUCAUCCCACUACUUAUUGCAGACCUCAGGCAUAUUCAGAUGAAGUUGAUGGAGUGGCAGGGCAAAAAGUAAGAGUGAAAACUGGUAGAUUUCAGAAUUUCUUAAUGCAAUGAACAUUACAAGUUUUGGUGGGUUUUUUUGUUUUGUUCUGAUUUUUUUUUUUUUUUUUUGGUUUGGUUUGGUUAUUUUUGUGGCCUUAAUAGCAAAUUCUUGCUGGACAGUGUGUUUCUCUGUCAUUGUUACUUACGAAUCAUCACUGAGGAGUACAUAGUGGACCAGAGUUGUUGGCUUUGGAUAACUAUUUGUUUUCCACGAUACAAAGACUCUGUAACAUGAACAUUAUGUGCUGGUGAAAGUUAUUUUGUCAAAGAAUAGUUUGUCAAAGAAAUGAUUUAAUCUAUUCAUCCAAAACAAUUCACAGUUUUAGUUUUUUAACAAUGCAAAUGUAAAAUAGGAAAAACUAAGAGUUAACUAACUGAAAUAUAGCAUCAAA